AUGACGACAUUGCCAUCAUCCUUGAAUAUUCUCAUUGUAGGCGCGGGCGUCUGCGGUCCGGCCCUCGCCCUCAUGCUCCAACGUUCUAACCCCAAUCACGUGAUCACGGUCAUAGAACGAUUUCCCACGCUCCGGACGGGUGGACAGCAAAUCGAUAUCAAAGCACAAGGCAUCCCUAUCUUGGAGAGACUAGGUCUCCUGGACACAAUUCGCUCCUACUGUGUCAAGGAAGGCGGCAUGGAGUUUGUUGACCGAAAUGGUAAAAGCCUCAUGCAAUUCGGUAUCACGAAAGCAGGAGAUACCGCUGGGGCAUUGACUUUAACCCAUGAGUUUGAGUUUAUGAGGGGGAAUUUUGUCAAAAUGAUGCAUGAUAUCAGCAUCCAGGAACGCGAGAUUCUAACCACCAGAGGACAUGUCAAAGGUGGACUGACCUACGAGUUCGGCAAAACCAUCACCGCGCUUUCACAUUCUGAAUCCUCAUCUUCCCCCAAGACAGCAACAGUAACAUUCUCCACCGGCGAGACCCGCGCCUUCGAUCUGGUAAUCGCAGCAGAUGGUCAAGCUUCACGAACCCGUUCCCUUGCCUUUGGCUCCGAAAUCUCCAGCUCGGCUUUCCACUCCAUGAAUAUCCAUGCCGCAUACUACAAGAUCCCUCGUCUUCCCACAGAAGAUAGCCUAGCACGCAUCUACUUCGCUUCCAACAACCGCAUGGUAAUGACACGUACGGGCAACCAACCGGCGACGCAAGUCUACCUAUUCCUCAUGAACGGCAAAGACAAAGACAGAGCAAGCCACAUGGCAACUUACCAGAAGAGAUCCGCCGAGGAACAGAAAGAUGCUUGGAAGAGCUUGUACCAAGAUGCAGGAUGGGAGUGCCCACGCUUUCUCCAAGGCCUAGACACUGUAAAAGAUUUCUAUGCCACAGAAAUCGGCCAAGUGAAGAUGCCUCAGCAAAAACUUCACAAGGACCGCGUUGUCCUCCUUGGCGACGCGGGAUACUGUCCCUCACCCUUUACAGGAAUGGGCACUACACUCUCCCUCAUCGGCGCAUACAUCCUUGCAGGCGAGUUGUUUCAACACGGGGAUGACGUCGAUGCCGCGCUGGAAGCCUAUCAAGAGGGCAUGAAGCAGCCUGUUGAGGAAUGUCAGAAGCUUGGGCCCUACGCGGAUGGAAAGGGUCCCCUUCCGAGUUCAGAGUGGGGGCUUUGGAUGGCGGGUUGGGCGCUUUGGACGGUGAGUAGUCUAAGAGUUGAUAGGGUGAUCGGGUGGCUUGCGGGACUUUUACCAGAAGGGAAGGAAAAGAGGUGGGAGAUGCCGGAGUACACGGAGUUCAAUCUGGCGGCCCUGGAAAGGGAAUGA